AUGACUCUGCAGGUAGGCUAUGCCAUAUCAAGAGCAUCUUAUACACAAUGCAAGAUAGACAGUUCAGCAGAGAUCAAAAAUGAGAUAAUUCUUAAGAAUGGAUUAUUAGACACAGCCUCGGAUUAUUUGGUAAUUUCCUGUGAGGAAUGGGACAGUAUAACAAGCGUACACUCCUAUGAUAAGGAAAUACCAGUUGGAAAGAUAAAUAUAAAAAUAACCAUAAAUAUAAAUGAAAUUACGAAGGAGUUUAGUGUCUCAGCUGGAGACAUUCUAUUUGAUAUAAUUAAAAUAGUCAUGUACACAGAGAAGAUGACAGAGGAUGAGUUCAGGGAUGAGUUUAGGUACGAAAUAACACCAGAUAUCCAGCUGAAUGAAAAGCUAGUUCGGGCAGGCACUGAGAGCGUAAGCAUAAAUAUAUUUGAAAAGAAUAAAAAGAACAGAAAAAGCAAAGAAGACUGCAUGCCUGUUGAGUUCAGGAAUGUGGGCCUGACGUGCUACAUGAACACGGCCCUGCAGGUGCUGCUGGGAGUCGGUGAACUGUCAAAUGCAAUUGAAGAAAUGACCCGGGAUGAGAUCAAUGAAUAUGCACAGAGAGAAGAUACAAAGAAAGGAUACACAAGAGAAAAGUGCGGUAAUCUGCUCAAUGCGUAUAGAGAGCUUAUUAAAACUGUAAGGAAAAAAAAAGACUGCCACAGUAAGCUAAGCGAAAUGAAAAGGGCAAUUGGAAGUAUUGACACAAGAUACAGAGGAUGCAUAGAGGAGGAUGCAGGAGAAGUUUUCUCGCUUAUUUUGACGAACUUCAACUAUCUCUUCCAAAAGACAAGACACGAAAACCUGAUACCAGAUCUUUUUAUGUACUCAGCAGAGUCUGUGCGCGUCUUUAAGGAAGGAACAGAGGUAGUAAACAAGUGCGUAAAGCCGUUGUAUAAGUCUUUUGUUCUGAAUGGAUCAUUUGGGUCAGAAGGUGGGCCGCACUCGCAUAUUCUGGUAAUGCACAAAAACCAGCUGGUUGUGACAGGGCUGUGCAUACCUGCAGCGCAGACUACAAUCCAAAAUAUUAAGGAAAGAAUUUCUAAUAGCUUCCAUGUAGAAACAGAGAGAAUAGCUUGCAUAUUCGUGUCGGAUGGAAGAGUUGAAAGAGUUUCUGAUGAUCAAAUUCUAGUUUCUAAGCGCAGUUUGCUUGACCAGCCUAUUUUCUACAUUACAGACGAAGAGAUUGAGAACAUUGAGUUUCUCUUUAUAAGCUAUACAGCCACAGUGGAGGGACUGGCCUUUUUCACAUCCUUGCUGAGUGGAGUCAAAAAUGUAUUCCAAAUUCCCUUCCUAGUGAAAAAGAAGUGCAAUAUUGCGCAGUUCUUGGAGAGAGAGCUAAAAAUAAAAAGGCGCGACAUACCAAACACAAUAUUGGACAUACAGCAGAACAGAGAAAGCACAGAAAGACACUUUGGGUCAAUGGUCAUUGCACUCUCUAAUAAGUACUGGGAUGCAGCAGAGCACAUUGACAUCAUAAAGAACAGAAAGUAUGACAUGAAGGACUGUGUGCAUGUGCAGUGCGUGGUCAGCAACUGGGAGACCACAGCAGUCCGGGAAAGGACUUCAGAAGACAAAGAGGACUUUCUCUUUGAUAGGGUGGAGGAGUCAACAAAGUUCAGAAAAUUCUCAAAGUACUUUUGCGUGCAACUGCCAAUUGGCUUAGGAAAGCCAUUUAAAGGAGAUAAGUCAGAGAGACAAAAACUGCAUGUAGAAAAAGAUGGCCUAGUUCUGGAUGGUGUAGUGUACUCCCUAGUGGGAAUCCUGGUGCACCAUAGUUUUGGAAUUGGUGGGCAUUAUGUGGCAUUCACAAAAAGAAAUAACACGUGGUACCACUGUAAUGACAGUACAAUCACGAAGUCCUCUGUUAAUGAAGCAAUCUCAACAGGAUAUCCAUAUGGAAUAUUAUACAGAAGGUCUGACUCGUAUGCUUGCUAG